AUGGCGGAUAAGGCGCGCGAGAAGCUGAUCGCCAAGGGCGGCCUCGACUUCUUUUGCACCACGCUGGAGUUCCCCGACGGCAACGUCGAGCUGCUCAGAAUGUCGAUGGACGCCAUGAACGCCGAGCCCGAUCCCGAUGCUGAGGAUCGCAAGGGCUGCAGCGGCCGCGUCGGCAAGAUGAUCUUCUCGGCAGGCACGGAGCAGCUCGCCCUGGUGGCGUACGUGCCCGAGGCGCUCGCGGAGAAGGUCUCGAUCGGCGAGUGGUUCCUGCACGUGUGCGCGAAGGUGGGGGCCGAGAUUGCCACCGAGCUGCUGCCUGCCGAGUCGCCCGACAAGGGCAUGAUCGCGAGCGCCAUUGUCAAAAAAGACGCGGACGCGAACAAGUUCCCGCUCAAGGACAAGGACACGGCGAUGGCCGCCGCCUUCGCCUUCCUCCGCUCAAAGGGCGCCUUCCCGGAGGACAAGGACGACAGCGAGGACGAGAUGGUCUUUGGUGACGACUGCAACCUGGACGACUACGAGUAG